AUGUUUUUCCGGAUUCCUGAAGGCUUUGUGUCCUCUUGCGGGUCAGCAUUUCCAACUGCGUGGGAGAUCACUGAAUGUUAUUCUCUUUCGCGUUUCCUCGAUGCGGCGGUCAUUGUUACAGAAAUGAUCAAAGACCCAGUUCGCCUCGAUGCUCUUGGCACCCCACAUUCCCUCACCGUAUCUAUCCUCUGCUUAUCCAUGGAUUCCUUUCCUUUCGCGGACCUCUUGGACUUACAGACUGCCGCAAAGGAAGUCCACGUCUAUAGGGCAAGCGCUGACGUAACGUCGGAGGAGGAGAGGUUGAUUGCUGACUGCAUCGUACAUCCUACAGCAGCAACUCUAACACUAUUUAUUUACGAUUAUUUUUGCACGUUAGAGGACGAGAUUCGCCUUGUGUGGCCGUCGCGGUGGUCGUUCAUAAAAUGCGUUUACUUCCUCAAUAGGGCCAGCGCUUUCCUUGCUUCAUUUUUUCUUGUAUAUCUGUUGCUUGUUAUCAAUGAAGGGUCAUGCAGGCCAAGUCUAUUCACCACAGCUCUCAUGGGGCAAUUGACCUUCGUUAUCGGAGAAAUCGUCCUGUUCAUGCGUGUUUAUGCCAUUUGGUGCUGUAGCAGGCGCAUGUUAAUUCUCCUGUUGUUGAUUUACAUACCGGGUGUGGUGGGGUCGACUUAUGCCAACCUCCAUGCAACAAGCACUGCUAUCACCGCGACAUUCCCUGAGCUAUUUGAUUCAGGAUGCCUAGUGAUCUACACGAGCACAGAUUUCUGGGCUUGUUACCUCGUUCUCCUAUUCCAUGAAACUUUUAUGCUAGUACUCAUCCUCAUGCGGGCAUUCCGGUUUAGUGGCUAUAAAAUAUCCAAGAUUUUGAAGAGAAUAGUGCAGGACGGUAUUUUCUAUUACAUUUGCGUUCUUGGUAUGUCCGUGGCCAACUUACUUGUUCUCUUACUCGCAACGAAAAAUUUGCGGACGUUCCUAAUUUUCCACCCUUUGACACGAAGAACGCAAGGCGUGCUGCAUAGCAUCUUCUGUGCUCGCCUCCUGCUCCGUUUGCGCGGUGCAUACCGGUCGCUUACUACCGAGGGUUUGCAAUCUAUGCGUUUUCGAAGUGGGGCCACGGGUACAACUGAAACAGAUAACGAUCAUCCCUCCGAUGUUAUUCCGUUACAAACACUUUCUGCUUCUACGUUGCAUGAUGCACAAGAUUGA